AUGGACCAUGAUCGAAGCAAGCAAGAUGGAACCACGGGAGGUCUUUAUGACUCAUCAGCCAAGUCACUUGUACCAGGCCCGUGGCUGGAGUUUGGGGGUAGCGACAUGUGUAAAUGGGCUGCCUUCCACAAUUCUGACUUGGGCAUGAUGCUGAAAGAUAAAUGCAAGGACUAUAGCUCGUCGAAAAUUGUUCGAGCGCUGGACAAAAUAAUCAGCAUGCCAGGUGAAGAACUCAAAAAUUUUGAUAUUGAUUGUUUCCAAUGUCCGAUGGCCAAGCUCCAGUCGAAAAUCGGAACCGUAGAUAUCCAGAAAUCCGGUCAUAGCGUGACGGUAAUGCCUUUGGUAGCCCAACUGGAAAGCGGCGCUCUCAAGCUUUCAGCUGCCUUUGGAUACACAGCCCCAAUCGUCAUGACCUCGAGAUCCAAGCGUGUUUUUCCCGAUGGCGUAAGGCUUAGCCCAAUUCCAGACGGGAAUUAA